GUUGAAUGUAUUGUUCUCUGCUCUAAUCAUUCACUCUUUCCACUCAACCACUCCCUCCAUUCAUCCCCUGUCUCUUGCCAAGUUCCUAUUUUUACCCCCUUUUCCACUGUUUUAUGCCUUGAUAUUGUGAUCAGUUUAAGUAUAGGAGCGAUAUCCUGCUAUGGAUUUCAAAGGUGUAGCUUGGGCAGGAGACAUAUAUGAGAAGUUCGAGGCGAUGUGUUUGGAGGUCGAAGAGAUCAUGUACGAGGAUACUGUCAGGUACGUUGAAAACCAGGCGCAGAAAGUCGGUGUGAGUGUAAAGAAGUUGUACGAAGAAGUAAUGCAAGAUUUGCUUCUUCCGUCUCGUCUAGGCCCUGCGCCACCACCGGAAACUGAUAUCAACGAGAAGCCUAAUCCGACCACAUCAGAGAUCAACAACAAACAGGCUGUAGUCGAAGAAGAUAUUUGCAAUUCAACACCUCAAGACUCGACCCCAAGUGCUCGUGAUGGCGAUGAUGCAAAGCGUCUCUCUCCCACGCCACAUAGAGUUUUGGUCGAAACUACUCAAUCCGAAGAAUGUUGUGGAGAGAGUAGGAGAGCUGGUCCGACUAGACGCCCUAUCGGAAUAAAAAGGAUUUCUCACCCUCCAGAAGCACCUCGUCCCACGCCUUCUUUGUGUGAAACACGAAGCAAUUACUUUGUGGUUAAUGAUGACUUGAAUGUAACAGCAUCAUCGGAGUUGUUUGCUCGACAUGAUUCUGCCGAAGCAGUGGCCACAAGUCGGCCUAUUUCUGAUGCUUCACCCGAGCCCUGCAGCUCUAACCAAAUCCUUUCAGCCGAAUCUGUAAAGCAAGAUGAUGGUGCUACCCCUGCGCCUAUUGAUAUGUUCAGGGAAGACGGCUCACUUUCUCGUACCAAUUCAUACAUUAUAGAAACUUGCCAUAUUGGAUCAGCACGCGAAGGAGCCACUGCGUCUUAUGAAGAUAAUUUCGAUAUUGAGGUAAUCGAUCCUACUGAAAAGUCGAGGUUAGAGGAAAGCUGCGUCUUGGUGGAAGGGAACGAUGAUGAACUCCAUUUCGUCUCUCGAGGGUCAAAGAAACACAAGUCGUACAAGAAAAAGAUCUACAACGUGCUUUCAUCGAAGUUGAGGUCGACAAAGAAGCGAGACCUAUGCGUUUCCGGGCUUGAAGAUUUCAGCGACAAGAGCGAAGCAGGGGUGAAGAGCUCAGUUCUUGUAAUCGACUGCAACGAAAGAAAACCGGCUGCUGAAAGUUCUAGUGACUUUGGUUGGGAGCUUCUUUAGGUACGUUUCUGCAACGAAUCCGAAGACGAUCUGUGUUACUGGCUCGCGGCUAAGAUAAGGUUUAGUAGAGUUGAAUGCAUUGUAAAAAUAUGGCUUGCUUAUUAUAAAGGUCAAAACAUUCAAGAAUUUAAGCCCCUUUGGAUAGUGUAGGAUAAGAUUUGAUAUAUUUGAUAAAUGAAAACAGAGUGAUUAAAACAUCAAA